UUUACGAGAUUUUAUUAUAAUGAAAAUAUGGAAACUGUUUCAUUCCAUCGUGUGAAAAAUAGCACAGAACAAACUUAGCAAAAGCUAAAAGAAUCAAAAUAUAGACUUAUUGAGGUUCAUUGGGGUUGCAUGUCGAUGAAAUAAUCUAUUGAUGGACCAUGGCCAAAAAUGGGCCUCAAUCCUGCAACACUACUGUACCAACCCAAAAUUCUGGUUCUGGCCAAGGCAGAAUUAGCGAAUGGGUGAAGUUAAAUGUUGGUGGAACAACUUUUAUGUCAACGAGAACGACAUUGUGUAGAGACCCUAAGUCAUUCCUGUAUAGACUUGUACAGGAGGAACCGGAUUUAAAUACAGACAAGGAUGAAAAUGGAGCUUUUUUGAUAGACAGAGAUCCCACAUACUUUGGACCUGUUUUAAAUUAUUUACGGCAUGGAAAGUUGGUGAUAAAUAAAGACUUAGCAGAAGAAGGUGUGCUGGAAGAAGCAGAAUUCUACAAUAUAACAGAGCUGAUAAAACUAGUCAAGGAAAGGUUAAAAGAGAGAGAUGCAAAGCAAAACCAGAAUUUUACAAAAAGUGUAUAUAGAGUACUUCAAUGUUCAGAAGAAGAAUUAACACAGAUUGUGUCUGCCAUGUCAGAUGGAUGGAAAUUUGAACAGCUGGUUAAUAUAGGAUCACAAUAUAACUAUGGCAGUGAAGAUCAUGCAGAAUUUUUAUGUGUUGUGUCGAAAGAAUGUCCUAAUAACAUAAAUGGAACAGAGUCAGAGUCUACAGAUAAAGUUAAGGUUUUGCAGCAGAAAGGAUCAAGAAUGUGAAGAAUGCCAUUGUUUAUAAAAUAUUGACCACACCUUUUUGCGACUAGAAAUUUUUAGGUUAAUGACUGAUAUUUUGAUAUUGAUUUUAUUGUUAACUAUUAAUCGUCAUUUUAGUGAAUGUACUGUAAAAAAAAGCUUAUAUUUUAUUUAAAUAAGUCAUUCUUGUAAAUGUUAGAUAUUUUAGGAAAAAAAAUCAUUUUAUGAUUCAAUUUAUUUAUGUCUGUCAAUGUUUUGUAAGUAAGCCCUUUCUUAUACGACCGCAAAAAAAUUUUUGUGGUCGUAUAUUUGUAUGACGUUGGCGUCGUCGUCGUCCGGCGUCGUCGUCGUCGUCGUCGUCGUCGUCGUCGUCGUCGUCCGGCGUCGUCCGGCGUCGUCCGAAGACACAUUGGUUUUCGCACUCUAACUUUAGUUUAAGUGAAUGGAUCUUUAUGAAAUUUUACCACAAGGUUCAAUACCACAAAAGGAAGGUUGGGAUUGAUUUUGGGGGUUAUGGUAAUAACAGUAAAGGAAUUAGGGGCCAAAAAGAGGCCAAAAAUAAGCAUUUUUGUAACUUCCAGACAUAACUUGUGUGUUAGUGUAUUGAUCUCUCUGACAUUGUACCACAAGGUUCCAUAUCACUAAAGGAAUGCUGGGAUUGAUUUUGGGGGUAAUUGCCUCCAAAUUUUAGGAAUUAGGGGCCAAAAAAGGGGCAAAAAACAAGCAUUUUUCUAGUUUCCAGACAAUAACUUGUGUUCAAGUGUAUGGAUCUCUCUGAAAUUGUACUGCAAGGUCCCAUACCACAAAGGGAAGGCUGGGAUUGAGUUUGGGGGUGAUGAAUCAUAAUGGGGGUUCAAAACAUUUUGGGGGGGGAUUUAUUUUUUUUUCCUUUUUUUUCUUUUUUUCCUUUUUUGUUUCUUUUAAAAUUUUCCAUUUUAAGUUGGUUAUUUCUGAUUUAUAUUUAAAAUCAAAUAAUAAUGAUAUGGUAGGAGAUACACUACAAACAGGAUGUGUAAAUUAUUAUAUAAUAAGUAUUGUGCAAUAGCAAGAAAUUUUCAAUUGCACAGUAUUGCACAAUAGCAAGAAAUCUUCAAUUGCACAGUAUUGCGCAAUAGCAAGAAAUCUUCAAUUGCACAGUAUUGCGCAAUAGCAAGAAAUAUCCAAUAGCACAAUAUUGCGCAAUAGCAAGAAAUUGUCAAUUGUACAGUAUUGCGCAAUAGCAAGAAAUAUUUAAUAGCACAGGAUUGUGCAAAAGAAGAUACUUCCUAUAAAUUGCUUAUUUCUUGACCAAUUUCAAUGGGGUUUUAUUCUUGAUUUCAUGGGGUUCUUUAAUAUGCUGAAUCUAACCGUGUAUUUAGUUUUUGGAUUUUGGGCCCCGUUUUUAAAUUGGUCCAUAUUGAGGUCCAAAGGGUCCAAAAUUAAACUUUGUUUGAUUUCAACAAAAAUUGAAUAUAUGGGGUUCUUUGAUAUGCUGAAUCUAACCAUGUAUUUAGAUUUUUGAUUUUUGGGCCCCGUUAUCAACUUUGUCCACAUUGAGGUCAAAAGGGUCCAAAAUUAAACUUUGUUUGAUUUCAUCAAAAAUUGAAUUAUUGGGGUUCUUUGAUAUGCCGAAUCUAACCGUGUAUUUAGAUUCUUAAUUUUUGGUUCCGUUUUCAAAUUGGUCUACAUUAAGGUCCAAAGGGUCCAAAAUGAAACUUAGUUUGAUUUUAACAAAAAUUGAAUUCUUAGGGUUCUUUGAUAUGCUGAAUCUAAACAUGUAUUUAGAUUUUUGAUUAUGGGCCCAGUUUUCAAGUUGGUCCAAAUCGGGGUCCAAAAUUAAACUUUGUUUGAUUUCAACAAAAAUUGAAUAUAUGGGGUUCUUUGAUAUGCUGAAUCUAACCAUGUAUUUAGAUUUUUGAUUUUUGGGCUCCGUUAUCAACUUUGUCCACAUUGAGGUCAAAAGGGUCCAAAAUUAAACUUUGUUUGAUUUCAUCAAAAAUUGAAUUCUUGGGGUUCUUUGAUAUGCUGAAUCUAACCAUGUAUUUAGAUUUUGGAUAUUGGACCAUAAUAGGUGAAUGUCCAAUUUAAAAUUUUUAAGUUCUUAGACCACAUUCAAUCUGUGUUAGAAACCUAUGCUGUGUCAAAUAUUUAAUCACAAUCCAAAUCCAAAGCUGUAUCAAGCUUGAAUGUUGUGUCCAUACUUCCCCCAACUGUUCAGGGUUCGACCUCUGCGGUCGUAUCAAGCUGCGCCCUGCGGAGCAUUUUAUUAAUAAAUGUUGGUGCUUUAAUCAUGUUCAUUAACUAAGAGGAUUUCAUUCUUUCCUAAAACUAAUUUUCCAAAGGCAAAUAAAUAAAACACCCUUAAAAUUUUGCAUUCAUAUUAUGUUUUGGGGAAGUCUGCGUCGUCUUCUGAAGACAUUUUGGUUUCCAGACAAUAACUUGUGUAUGGAUCUCUAUGAAAUUGUAGCACAUGGUUCCAUACCACAAUAGGAAGGAUAGGCUUGAUUUGGGGGAUUAUUUCCUACCUGUUUAGGAAUUAGGGGCCAAAAAAUUUGUCAUCCGAAGACAUUUUGGUUUCCAGACAAUAACUUGAGUAUAAAUCUAUGGAUCUCUAUGAAAUUGUAGCACAAGGUUACAUACCAUAAAUGGAAGGUUGGGAUUGAUUUUAGGGGUUAUGACCCCAACUGUUUAAGAAAAAGAGCCAAAAACAAUACUUUUGUAAUACUUUGAUUUGAUUUUGAUUAUUUCUUGACCAAUUUCAAAGGGGUUUAAUUAAAAGUCUUGAAAUCUUGGGGUUCUUUAAUAUGCUGAAUCUAACCAGGAUUAAGAAUUUGGAUUUCGGUCCCAGUUUUUGAAGUGGUCCAUAUUCAAGUCUAAAGGGUCCAAAAUUAAACUUUGUUUGUUUCAUCAAAAAUUGAAUUAUUGGUGUUUUUUGAUUUGCCGAGUCUAACCGUGUAUUUAAAUUUUUGAUUUUGGGACCGGUUUUCAAAUUGGUCUACAUUAAAGUCCAAAGGGUCCAAAAUUAAACUUUGUUUGAUUUUAACAAAAAUUGAAUUCAAGGCGUUCUUUGAUAUGCUGAAUCUUAACAUGUAGUAAAAUUUUUGAUUUUGGGUCCAGUUCUCAAGUUGGUCCAAAUUGGGGUCCAAAAUUAAACUUUGUUUGAUUUCAACAAAAAUUGAAUACAUGCAGUUCUUUGAUAUGCUAAUCUAACCGUCUAUUUAGAUUAUUGAUUUUGGGGCCUGUUAUCAAAUUGGUCCACAUUGUGAUCCAAAGGGUUCAAAAUUAAACUUUGUUCAAUUUCAUCAAAGAUUAAAAUUGUUAGAGUUCUAUGAUAUGCUGAAUCUAACCAUGUAUUUAUGUAUUUAGAUUUUGGAUAUUGGACCAUACUAAGGUAAAAGUCCAAUUUCAAAAUUUUCAGUUCUUUGACCACAUUUAUUCAGUGUCAGAAACCAUUGAUAUGUCAAAUAUUAAAUCACAAUCCAAAUUCAGAGAUGUAUCAAGUUUGAAUGUAGUGUCCAUACUUGCCCCUACUGUUCAGGGUUCAGUGGAGACUUGCAAUGACAGGUACCAUGCCUCACUCACAACAUGGAAAUUCCUGGCUGCUGGCCACAGAAUGAAGGUAUGUUCUUCUUAAUUUGAUUUCAUUUGAAAAGUAAAAAUUAAAGAUGUCUUGGUAAUAUGAAAUAAAUCCUAGCUAAAAUAUAAUGCUUUUUUUUCAAGCACAUGUACAUGAACUUUUCAUUGCAUUUUUUGUCUCGCGUUGACAGAGUCAAAAAGGAGACCUAAGUAUGCUGUUUCCAGGGGGCGGCGUCAACAAUUUGUUGAAUUUUGUGCUUAUAUCAGUUUUUGGGGAUCCACUAAAGGUAAAUCAAUUGUAUGUGUUAUGCAGUUGUAUAAGCAUUGGCGCAUCUCAUUUCCAUGGCUUUAAAAAAUUUACAUAGUUUAUAUGCUUAAAGUUUGUGAUAAUGUCAGUUAAGAGGAACAACUGAUUCUAUGUUUAUAGUAUUUAGCAUUAGCACAUCUCAUUUCCAUGGAGAUAAGUUGGCCCCACCCACUCAGUCAUGGUCUAUUGACUUAAAUUUUUGCAUAGUGUACUUAUUAUUGGUGUGCAGGUGUUUAAGUAUUGGCACAUCUCAUUCCAUGGAGAUUAGUUGGCCCCACCCCCUUAGUCAUGGUCUAUUGACUUUGAAACUUUUGCUUAGUUAACAUGUUAAAGUUUGUGUUAAGGUCAGUUUAAGGGAAACCACUCAUGAUAAGUCAAUGAUAUUUGAAUGCAGUUGUAUCCACAUUGGCAAAUCUUAUUUCUAGGGAAAUUAUUAGGCCCUGUACCUUCAGACAUGGUUCAUUGACUUUGAAUAAUUUGCAUAUUUUACAUGUAAAAGUAUUAAUGUAUUGCUAUUUUUAUUUCAACAUUUGCAUUUUACUAUCAAAAUAACAAAGAGACGAGACAUAUCUCUGUGUCAACAGGUUAUUCAAUCAUUUCAUUUACAUUUUUAUCACUGUUGAUUUACAAUAAUUGAAAAUAAUAUUCUAGUGUGAACAAAUUGGUUAGUGCAAUUUUUCAUAAUAUCUUAACUGUAUAUUAAUGUCUAGGUACAGUAAAUGAGCUACGUCACAGAAUUUGGUAAAAUAUUGCAUACCACUUUGGCUCACUGAACUAUAGAAAUUCCAACAAAUAAUGCAUUUAUCUCUUUAUUUUUCUGAAAUAUUACUAAAUGAAUUCUGUGACAUAGCCCAUUUACUGUACCUUAACACAUCAUAUUUAUCAUACAUUUAAAUAGUGAUUUAUUGCAUGUAGAUUUUAUUAGUUUCUUGUAUUGAAUUUAAGUAAUUAGAUAAAAAAUACUUGAGUAUUUCUAUGGAUAUGUAUUUGUUAUUUCAUAGACAUGAAUGAUUUAAGUUGUUUUAUUACUCAAACAUUUAUAAAUGCAAUUGAGAAACACCCACAAAUUGGUGAUACUAAUUUCAUGGAAGUCCUGCACUUCAUAAGUUUUUAUUGUAAUAUCAAACACAUUAUAAUGUGUAAAAUGAAGCAAAGAUUUAUAAUUAUCAACUUACCAGGAGAUAGUGAUUUAAUUCUACCUGACCCUAUUUUGGUUUGUUUAACAUUUGAAUUGUUGACUUAUGUACCAUUCUUUGGUUAUUGCAACUGCAAGAAAUGUUUAAUUGAUAGGAAGCAGCACUUAUUUUUUUAUGAGCAACAUUUUAUCCCAAAAAUGUGACCAAGAAUUACAAUGAAAUUCUAGAAAGAGAAAUUUCAUGUGAUGUAAAAGAAAAACUAUGAAUUCCUCUUGCUGUGAAAAUGAGGAAUGGAAUACAAAAAAAAAAUGUUCUGUCUAAAUCAAAUUGAUGCAUAUUUGCAAAAAUUGAGAUUGUUCAUAAAAAAGUUUUUUGUGUAACCAUUCCUGUAAACUGUUGCUUAAAACAUGUAAACACUGAUCUAAACCAAUAUUUAAAAGUUUGGAGAUUCUUAGUCCAAUAGAUAGAACUUAAUUUUUUUCCACGUCACCUGUAACGUAAUGUUAGCUUAUAACCAGGGUUAGGCAAUACUCCCAGAAAUGGGUAAUACUGGACAACAUGAUUUUUAUUUUUACACAGAAUAGUAAAUAAAUGUUGUAGUUUCAUAGUAUUAUAGCUAAAUACAUUUUAUACAGAUUACCAUUGAGUUAUUUUCAGAGGAUUAAACAUUCAAUUUCUUUUAAUUAAUUCUAUGUAGGUAAAAUAAAAUUAAGUUUUGUUCAUUUUUGGAUAUUUUGUUUAUAACCAAGCUUUGUAUCAACAAUCAAAACUGUGCAGCAAAUGCAUUUCAGUGCAGUGUUUUAGUGAAUUGUAAAUUUCUAUUGUUAUACAAUCAUAUUGCUAAUUAAACACCCUAAGGGGAUAUGUCAUGAACACGUGUAUGUUUGGGCUAAUUGGUGUAACAAUUGGGCUAAAAAUAUGCUAUGUUUGGGCCGAUGGCAAGUCGCAUUUGGGCUAAUCCUACCAUGUAAAGUAUCUAUAUUUAAUUUUAUCUGUCUUCCCACUGUCUAUAUCACUCUGCUCAGCUCUUAAUAAAAUUUCAUAUCACGGCUUUGUGACGUCAAAAACGUUGACCCGGCCUUGAUAACUUUGACCCGGACAUAUCAACGACGUCAUAAUAUAUGAACCGACGUUGAUAAGUUUGACCCGAACUUAUCAAGUCAUCUUCUGGUUUGCUGGUGAAACAAAGAAAACACUAGUUUCUAUCAUGCAAAAUUUGCAAACACAACCUAAUAAAUCGUUUAUCUGGUUGUCUGUAUAAUUAUAUUGUAAAAUAUCAGAUGCUCGACACAAUAUGAAGCCUUUUUAAACUCGUUCGCUACGCCAACUCGACAAAAAACUUCAUAUUGUGACUCGCAGCUGAUAUUUUACAAUAUCAAUAUGCAGACAACCUGAUAAUCGGUACAUAUACUAAUAUUCUAAAUGUAAUAAAUGACAUUCUAUUUAUAUAGUUUUCUUGUCUUAUGUACCCAUUUCGUUUGCCAGACAGUGUCUGCUCCUUGCUCACCACAGAAUUGUGACAGUUAAAUUUAGGGUAAGACAAGUCGUUGUAGCGCUAGAUAUCGUUUAAACUAUAAACAACACAUGAAAUAUAAAACAGCUAUGUUAAGAUAUAAUCAAAGUACUGAAGUACUGAAUAUCAGAUGACCGCAAGUUCUUGUGGAUGGUCACAAGCACUUGUCACAGAAAAAAAAAUCACAUCUCUAUACCUGAAAGUGAGGUUAAGGUAAAUAGAUAUAUUUUUUUCAGAGACAAGAUAGUGCAUGGAUGAUGAAUAAAUGACAGGGAAUUCAACCUCACCGUAAUAACUAUUUUAUUGUAGUGAUACAAAUCAGUAUACUCUGGUUUGUUGUAAUAUAUUAUAUUAAUAUUUGUAUAUAACAGUUACAUGUAUAUAUAAUUUUCAUCCAUUUGUAUAUCAUUCUAUUCUACUAUUCUAAUAAUAGUGCAGUGCAAGUGCAUGGUGGACACUCUUCUGUAAUAAUUCGAUUUUUCUAAGAGAUUGGAUUUCCAGCAAAACGUUCUUGAGAUAUUCUUCUGCAUGUGUUAACUCAAAUUUUCGGUAUUCUUGAUUUGUUAUUGAUAUAUAUAUAUUUCUCACGACAAAACAUUUUCAUAUCAUUUAUCUAUGUUCUUAAAAAUUAUUUUCAUGAAUAUUUAUUGAUGAAGUUGAUGUAUAACAAGCGAUAAGGAAUGUUAUUUUGCUUUCGGUUAUCAGUCAAAAACGAAAGUCACGUGGGUAGAAAUGUCUGGCAACAAUACACCGGAAUACCCUCAAGGUCAUCCGAUGUAAAAAAAAGUACAUCCAAUAGAUUUUUCUCAAAGAUUGGUUUUGGUCUUUUGAAUUUAAAUCUAACAGUUUUUUAUACGACCGCAAAAAAUUUACGUUCGUAUACUAGUAUUGCUAUCACGUCGUCGUCGUCUGAAUCUCUAUGAAAUUAAACCAAAAGGUUCAAUACCACAAAAGGAAGGUUGGGAUUGUUUUUGGGGGUGAUGGUCCCAACCGUUUAGGAAUUAGGGGCCACAAAGGGGCCCAAAACAAGCAUUUUUCUAGUUUCAGGACAAUAACUUGUGUAUAAGUAUUUUGAUUGCUCUGAAAUUGUACCACAAGGUUCAAUACCACAAGUAGAAGUGGGAUUCAUUUUGGGGGUAAUUGCCCAAACCGUUCAGGAAUUAGGGACCAAAAAGGGGCCAAAACAAGCAUUUUUCUAGUUUUCAGACAAUAACUUGUGUUUAAGUGUAUGGAUGUCUCUUAAAUUGUACCACAUUUUACAAAGAGAAAAUUUCUUCAAAUAUUAUUUUUUCUGGAAAAGGGAGGGGGGGGGGGGGCAAUUUUUUUCCCUCAAGAUUUAAGAACUUAUCAAUUUUCCAUUAUUAUUUUUGGAGGAGGGGAGUUUUUUUGAGGGGGGUCAAAUUUUUUUCCUCAAUAUUUAAGAAAAUAUCAUUUUUUCCCAAAAAAAAUUGUGGGGUCACAAUUUAUUUUUGCUAAUGCUUUGUAUAUAGUCUGAAAACAUAUUUACUAAGUAUAACGCAACAGCACAGUGUAUUGCACAACAGCAAGAAAUCUUUAAUUGAAUAUAAAUUUAAAUCAUUUAACCAAUUUCAAGUUCUUUGACUACAUUUAUUCUGUGUCAGAAACCUAUAAUGUGUCAAAUAUUUAAUUACAAUCCAAAUUCAGACCUGUAUCAAGCUUAAUAUUGUGUCCAUUUUUGCCCCAACUGUUCAGGUUUGGACCUCUGCGGUCGUAUCCAGCUGCACUCGGUGAAGCACAUUUUUAACACUGUAAUAUUGUGAUACUAAGUACUGUUAUACUGUCUGAUCUUCACUGUAAACUGUUUUCAAUUAAAUGGUGCCAAACUUCAA